AUUGAGUUGAUUUUCCUGUUCUUCGGUGGAUUGCUUUUAACAAUAUUCCUUGGAUGUGCAACAUUAAAACCGAUCCGACGAGCAUGUUUCAGUGGAACGCACAGAAGAUCUCAGCCGCGGGAAAGGAAGAGAUACAAAGGAAUCGAAUCGUGUUGAGCUGUAAAAGAGGAAGAGCAACUUGUUCAGGAUGUUGAUAAGAAUGAAAAAGUUCUUGGGAUUGAUGGAUUGGUAAAAGAUUUUGAAGAAUGCUUUGGAAUUCUCGGUGCAAAUGGAGCUGGAAAAACUACAACAUUUGAUAUUAUCACUGGAUUGACUAUUCCAACGGGAGGUAGUGCAACAAUGUAUGGACAUGACAUUACAGAAACCAUACACAUUGGUUGCCCACAGUUUGAUGCGAUGCUCCAGCAAAUCUCAUGCAGGCAGACGUUGAGAAUAAUGGCAAAGCUUCAAGGAUAUCCGAAUGUCGAGGAAGUAGUUGAACUUGUAUUAGAUUGUGUUGGAAUGACAGAUUUCGGUUACAAGCUUGUCAAGAAUUGAAGCGGUGGUCAAAAACGGAAGAUCUCGGUCGGAAUCGCGUUAAUGUCUCGUGCCUCGUGUAUCAUUCUUGAUGAGCCAACAGCUGGAAUCGAUCCGCGUGCUCGCCGUGAAAUUUGGGAUAUCAUUCAUGAGAUGCGGGAACAGGGGAAAUGCUCAAUCGUUCUUACUUCUCAUUCAAUGGAAGAAUGUGAAGCUUUGUGUACACGUAUCGGAAUUCUUCAUAGAGGAGAAAUGAUUGCAUUAGGAACUAGUCAAUCAUUGAAAUCUCAAUAUGGUAACACGUACAUGAUGACUCUUGUUCUCAACAGUUUGGAAGGUUUGACAUCGGUUAUUGCAAUUGUCAGUGAAGAGAAGCCAGAUGCAGUGUUGAAAACUCCAGAAUCAAGUUUGACUACUAGUAUUGUUUGGGAGCUUCAAAAAUCUAAAUCUGAUAAAUGGUCCGAAAGUACAAUCAAGUGGAAAUUCUUGCAAAGAAAGUCAAUGCAAAAGACUACAUGUUGA